CUUAUUCGUGCCAAGAUUUUUGUUCCUUGUGAUGCUCCGUGGCCCUUGUGAUGCUAAACUUGCAUCACUAGGUUACUUUCCUGCCCCCCUUUGAUGAAAGGGCCAAGAAAUGAAUAAAGUGGCGUUGGGAGCAGGCGACAACGCUUAGCUUUUACUGUGUGCCUGCGGGGCCACUGUUUUUACCUAGUACUCCACGAAUGAAACGCACCUGUUUUACACCGUCUGUUUGGAUCAGUAUAACCAUUUGGUUGUGUUUGUACUACUAUCUUAAAACUGAGCGUUUGCUUCUUUUUACAAACCAUAACUUCUGGUGGCCAUGUAAAAAAAAGAAACUAAUGGUGGCAAUGAUGUGUUUGUUUGCAGUCCCUGACUGCAUUGUCUGCACAAAAAGGACAUACAAGAUCUGCUGCUUGUUGGAUUUCGCAAGGAAUUACUUUUUUCUAGUUUUAGGAUGUUACAGCAGUUCCUAAAAUGUGAAGUGCUCUGUUUCAAAAAAAAAAUAUGUGAAGUGCUAAAAGCUUCUGUAUGGUGAAUUUGUUGUAAAAUAUGAUUAGAGGGCUAGAUCCAUGGCCAGCCUUUUGCCUUUUCUUUUUCCCUUUGUUUCCUUCUUGCCCCUCCUCAAUAUUCACUCAUUUUCAUCUGUUGUCCUACUGAUGAAUCGAUUCCCUUCUUUGCUUUCCCACUUUAAGCAUCUUGUCUUUGCUUCAUCAGAGAGUCAUGGAACCUAUCAUAUUGGCCAGUGGAUGGGUUAAUACAUAUACGUCACCUCAUUUCAGCACUGGUAACCUAGGCUCUGGCCACCAUGGCAGGGCUUGGCAUUGGAGCACCAAUCGUGAAGGUGUAUCAUGAGAAAUCUAUAAUCUUACCGGAUGUGUCAAGGGUGCUUGCAUGCCUGUAUGAGAAGGGAAUCGACUUUGAGAGAGAGACAUUCUCCUCUUACAAGAGCCUACUCAGACUUCAGGCAUCGAGCCAUGUUCCAGUUCCAUUCUAUGAUGGACCUAAUAAAUUCCUAGAAGAAUCAAGAGAAAUCUGCCGCCAUAUAGCAGAGACUUAUGAAGAUCACGGAUACCCAUUUCUCCUUGGGAAGGAUUCCCUUGAGAGGGCUUCCAUCGAGGAAUGGCUCCACCAUGAAGAGCAUAAUUUCAACCCUCCGAGCAGAUCCUUGUUCUGCCACUUGGCCUUUCCCGUUGCUGAAGAAGAUGAUGAUAUAGACUUGCAGACGAGAAAGCUAGAAGAUGUUCUGGAAGUUUAUGAGCAAAGGCUUGGUGACAGUGAAUUCCUUGCUGGCAACAAGUUCACUCUUGCCGACCUAGUACACCUGCCAAACUCCUACCACAUCACAAAUUCUGAAAAGUUUCUGUACCUAUAUGAUUCAAGAAAGAAUGUGCAGAGGUGGUGGCAUGCUAUUUCUAGCCGGGGUUCUUGGCAGAAGGUGCUGAAGGUUAUGCACGAGGUGGAGCGGCAGAACAAACAAGAGGAACUUGACAAACAGCAGCAGCGCAAACAGGAAGAACUUCAGAAGCAGCAGCGGCGUCAGUGGCGGAGACAGCAUCCUCCAACCAGCAGACCCCAGUUUCGUCUACACUCACGGGAGCAACCCAGCACAAAACCUCACACGAUAUUGGUUCCUCCCCCUGUUAGUAUCAUCGCAGCAUCUCCCACGACUCCUCAAGCAGAGGAGCCUCAUCCUACAGGAACUUCUCCUGAUGAAACACCAGUCUCCUCAAGCCGAAGUAUCCCUACUACUCAUAAACCUUCAGAUGUCCGAAGCAAACAUACUACCAUUUCUACUACACAUGAAGAAACUCCACCAGCCUAUGUCCAAAGUACUCCUAGAAUUCCUAAAAAAUCUCCUAUUCCUGUCGAAAGACGAAUCAACUUUUUUACCCCAGCUACCUCUCCUACCACUACUGAGAAGCCCUCAAGAACUGGCGCUGAUAAGCCCAGAAUUGGAGAUGCCUCACUUCCUUCUGAAGCCACUGAAAUAGACCUCCCUACUAAAUCCAAGCCAAGUUCAUCCAAAAAAGCAUCUGAUAAGCUUCAUGAUUUCUAUGAGGCAAGCAGACAUACUGAUGAAGCAGAACCUUAUACUGAAUCCACCUCACCAAAACCUUCAGAAAUGCUGGACGAGAUAUCUGAAACUGAUGGGCCCAGCAAUGUCAUUGAUCAUGCCGAAACCAGUCCAAGAUUAGCUAAAGAAGAUUCUGACCGACUCAGGGCGUCAGGUUUCUGGACUGAGAACACAGCCCCCAAUGCUGAUACUCAGGAUAAGAAAUCAGUUCGAUACACUGAGCGUACUUCACAAAGACCUGUCGGAAAUAUUUCUAGCAGAGCUACUGACCAGAGAGUUACAUAUACUUCUCCUGAGAAGCCCCAUUCAACUGAAGCACUGGAACCAGCGAGCAUGGAUGAGCAACUGCCUCAAGGACCGGAAAGGACAACUCAGACACCCUACACUGCUCAGAGAAGAGAUGUUUCUUCUAUGCCUUGGCAACGAGCUGCUGAUGUUCAAGGAAUUGCUAAGGAGGACGGAGCAUCAUCCAGAGGUGCUGUAAGGCCCCCUUAUGCACGGAAGGAUGCUGCGGAAGCAAGGUUCCCUGCUGACCGCAGAAAAGAUGCUUCUCUCCCUAAGGGUGCACGAGAUGACACUCAAGCUAUUCCAUUAUAUGAUGAUGAUACCAACCAGGAAGCCAGAGAAACUGCAUCUGCACCAAGGCGAACAAGAGCUCAAGAUCCAUAUGAUACCUCUGAAGGAACAUCAUCUAGAUCACAACCUACCAGUGCUCCACAUGAUGCUGUUCCUCCGCCCAAGCAAGCAACAUCUGAAGGCCCUUAUGCACAAAAGGAUGUUGUGGAAGCAAGAAGGUUCCGUGUUGACCACAGAAAAGAUGCUCCUCUCCCGAAGCGUGUACGAGAUGACACUCAAGCUACUCCAUUAUAUGAUGAUGAUGAUACCAACCAGGAAGCCAGAGAAACUGUGUCUGCACCAAGGCGAGCAAGGGCUCAAGGUCCAUAUUAUACCUCUGAAGGAACAUCAUCUAGAUCACAACCUGUCAAUGCUCCACAUGAUGCUGUUCCUCCGCCCAAGCGAGCAACAUCUGAAGGCCCUUAUGCACGAAAGGAUGUUGUAGAAGCAAGAAGGUUCCCUGCUGACCGCAGAAAAGAUGCUCCUCUCUCGAAGCGUGUACAAGAUGACACUCAAGCUACUCCAUUAUAUGAUGAUGAUGAUACCAACCAGGAAGCCAGAGAAACUGCAUCUGCACCAAGGCGAACAAGGGCUCAAGAUCCAUAUGAUACCUCUGAAGGAAUAGGAACUGACCACUUUUCAUCAUCUAGACCACAUCCUGUCAAUGCUCCACAUGAUGCUGUUCCUCCACCCAAGCAAGCAGCAUCUGAAGGCUCUCAACGUGCAACCACACCAUACCUAGCUGCUCAAGAGGUCUUCCAGCAGGGUAGGAAAAGUCCUGCAUCAAGGCCAAUAGUGCCUCAUGAUGCCCAAGGCAGCACUGAAGAAGAAGAGACAGUGGAAUCAUCAUCCAAAGCACAUCCAUUGGAUUCUCAUCUGGCUGAUGUUCGUCCACCUAACCAAUUUUCGGAUGAAGAUGGUUAUGGUGCAAUGGCACCAUUGCAAACAGGAGAUACAGAUGGUCCAUAUAAUGAGAAGCGAGAUAGAGGCGCUGCUGGUCCAAAGCGGAUGAUGUCUCCAGAUGCCUUUGAAGAAACGAAGAUGACUGAUUCUGCAUCAUUUGAAGCACAAACACCAGAUCAUCGGCAAGCUGAUGCUCCUCCACAAAAGCAACGGCCAACUGAAGAUCCUCAAACUAUUGCUUCACCAUCCAAGAAAAGAUAUUCUGAUGAUGAAGAUACGGCCAAACAAGCUAAGCAUGCUCAUCAGAAACUGCAGUCUGAGCAGUGGCAUGCUGCUACAACUGGUUUGAGUAACCUAAAGGGAGAAACUGAUGAUUUUAUGCCUCCUACUCAACAAGAAAAACCUAGCAAAGAUGUGCAACAUAUCUCAUCACGAGAUGCAGAACAAGCAAACACUCGGCCUCUUGCACAAGAACCAGUAGGCAUGGAUGGACAACUGGUGCAAGGACCAGAAAGGACAGCUCGAACAUCCCCAACAAGAUAUCCAAGAGCUGAAGAAACCAGCAAACAACCUAGAGCCCCUGCUUCUAUACCAACACAUAUAGCAGCUCAAGAUGCUAGGGAUGUCUUUAGAGAGUCAAAAGUUGCUGAUUCCACACCAUUGCAAAAGCGAUACCCUGAUGCCAAAGAUGUUGCCAAGAAAUCAAAAGUUACCUUUGAAGAAACAAAACAUUCUGAUUCUGCACCAUCACGAGGGCAACCUUUGGAUUCUCAGAGAGCUGAUGCUCCAUCAUGGAAGAAAGAAGCUGCUGAUGCUCCAUCACGAGGGCAACCUUUCUAUUCUCAGAGAGCUGAUUCUCCAUCAUGGAAGAAAGAAGCAACUGAAGAUCCUCGUUCAACUGCACCAGUCAAAAAGAGACACUCCGAUGUGGAAGACACCACCAAACAAUCUAGGGAUAAUGGUUUUAAGCCAAGGCAAAUUGUGGGUCAAGAUGCUCAAGGCACCUACAAAGAAACAAAGCCCAGUGAUCCUGUGUCAUAUAGAGAACAACAAUCUUCAGAUACUUGGCAAGCUGCGCCCACUCUAAGAGAGAAAAUAACAACUGAAGGUGGUCCCAGUGUGACCCCACCAUCUAAAAGAAGGUCUCCAAGUGAUGAAGACACUAUCAAGCAACCUAGGGGCACUGCUCCAGCACCUAGGCGGACAACUUCUCAUGAUGCUGAUGUGACAUUUCAAGAUUCAAAGCCUGCUGAUUCCAUGUCAUCUAGGGAGCAGCCUUUGAGAUCAAGACAAGAGGUUGAAGAUUCUCGUAGCAAAACUUCAGCAUUUGACAAGACUCGUGCUUAUGUUGAAGAUAGCACUAGGCAAGCUGCAGACACUGAUUUUGGGCCAAGGCAGAAUGGAGAUGAAGACACUGAAGACAUCACUGAAGAAAAAAAGGUUGCUGAUUCUGCACCAUCUGUCAGAGCAAGACACACUUACACCCCACGAACUGCACGUCCUCUGUCACAGCUAGCAGAAGAGGAAGAAGAUGCCCAGGAUAAAUACAGAGAAGGUAGAGAAACUGCACGUCCUCUGUCACAGCAAGCACAAGAGGAAGAAGAUGCCCACGAUAAAGACAGAGAAGGUAGAGACACUGUUUCUGCACCAAAGAAAAUGGUGUCCAGAGAUGCUCAUGACACAUAUGGAGAAAGAAGGACUCCCCAUUCUACAUCCACCUCACCCACACCAUCCAAAGCACAACCUGCAGAUUCUCGGAGCCCUAUCAAGGUGGAGAGACCACGUUCUAUUUAUGAGGAGGACCAUCUCGUUGGCCAAGAUAGCCAUAAGCAACCUCAAACCCUCCCAACUGGUGGGAGAGCAGAUGGCUCUACACUAAAGCAUCAACAAGAUCCUGUGGUUCCAUCUAUUUCUGAAGAGAAAUCAAGUACUCCUCCAGCUCCACCAAGGGCAAGAGUUCGUGAUGAUCAUCCUACUGAAGAGCCAUUUAAAGGAGACAUUGUUGAUGACCGAAAAGGAUCACCACCUCUAUUGGGCCAAGAACCAACUUCCCAAGUCCAACGUGCCACAGAACUGUCACAGAAAGCAGCUCCUGAUGGUGAAUUGUCCACCAUUGAUCAAUGGCGGCGCACAUCUGUGCCAUUACAAGGUGAUGAUGUGCUGGGUGGGUCUACCAUUGAUCAAAAGCCAACACCAAUGAGUGAAAAAUCAAUACCCAGUGCUCGGCGUGCCAAUGAGAUGGUCAAAAAAGAGCAAAGAAUGGUACCACCUGCACGAACAGGAGCACAAACGCCCGAUGUUCAGCGUGCUCCAUCAUCAUUCUCAAGAGCUGACACGUCUGAAAGAGAUGGAGAGCCGGUACAAAUGCAAGCACCUACUCAGCAUGCUCGUCCUACUUCAGUGCCUACCAGAAGAGCAACUCCUGAUGCUCGUGACACUAGUGAUCAAGAGUUUGCGAACAAAUCUGAUGCCCAAAGAUGGAAUGCCUUGAAAGCUAAGCAUGAUGUAGCCAUGACCAGUGAAGAUGAUCGGAAUGCUAGUCCAUCAACUCAUGCUGCUGCUGUUGACAACAAGACAGCAUUGCCUGCUAGUGAAGCACAAAGUUCAGGCACUUGGCCCGGUUCAACAGGUACACCCGUAAAUGCUCAACCUACCAGUGACGAUGCACGUGUCGGAAGAUUUCCACGUGAUCAAGGGGCACAACCACCUGAAUCAACUCAAGCACAACCCCCUUUUGAUGCUCCACAUGACUCUGUAUCAACCCAAGAUGUACCUCGUGACACCUUGGGCAAAACCAAAUCUGCCAAACCAAGUUCAACUGAAGGCAUGACACCUACAGCUGGACCAGCGCCAACUUUGAAGGCCCGACUUGCUGAACAGAAAUCUGCUCCAUCAGAUCAACAAUUAGCUCGUGCUGCACAACCAACUUCAACUGAAGGCAUGCCACCUACAGCUGGACCACAGCCAACUUUCAAGGCCCAACUUGCUGAACAGAAAUUUGCCCCAUCAGAUAAAAAAGUAGCUCGUGCUGCGCCUGAAUCAAGUAAAGAAGGUACUGGUUUUUCUGCACCCGAGAAACCACAGACAAUUUUUCGUCAAGAAGCAAGACCAUCUGCGCCAAUCACAAAACAAGUUCCAUCCUCAGAUGCCCACCAUGAUACCAGGAAAAUCAAGCAUGUCACCCUUGAUAAUUUCCCCCCUGAUGUUUCACCAAUACCACCUUUUCCAAGUCGUGAGCAAGUUCCUCAUGCACCACAAACAUUCCCUAAUAAAAAAGACAUGGCACCUGCACCAGCCACAAAGGACUCUCUAGCCCCAGAUACCCAAAUUGCUUCAGAAAAUGUUCAGGAAGCCAUUCCUGACAAUUAUCGCACUGAUGAGUUAACAGUGCCACUUGUCUCGAGUGGAAAACAAGGUUCCUAUGCUGGACCCUUUACUGAACCACAGGAAGGACCAUCUCCUGAUGCUCAUGGUGCUGCAGAUGACAAGGACAUAACUAAAUAUCCAUCUGAGAGUUAUGUUCGUCCCACCAGUGGUAGCGAUGUAUUUCCUGCUGUGAAGAAAUCUGCCCCAUCAGAUCAAGAUUCAAUUCAGUCUGCACAACAAUCUUCCUCAGCUGAGACUAGGAAAGAAGAGACUAUCGUUUCUGCAGCUGGACCGACACUGCCCACAACCAUCGGUAAAGACACACAAGGUUCUCGGCGCCCUAUCAAGGCGGAGAGAACACCUUCUGCUUAUCAGGAGGACCAUUUUGUUGCCCAAGACAGCCAUGAGCAACCUCAAACCCUCCCAACUGGUGGCAGAGCAGAUGAUUCUACACCAAAGCGUCAACAAGAUCCUAAAGAUAAAUCAAGUACUCCUCCAGCUCCACCCAGAGCAAGAGUUCGUGAGCCUUUUAGAGACACUGUCGAUGACCAAAAAGGAGCACCACUAUUGGGCCAAGAACCAACUUCCCAAGUCCAACGUGCCACUGAGCUUUCACAGGAGGAAGCAGCUCCUGAUGGAGAUAUGUCCAGCAAACCUUCCACCAUUGAUCAAUGGCGGCGCACAUCUGUCCCGUUACAAGGUAUAACUCCCAAUUCUGGUGAUGAUGUGCUGGGUGGGUCUACCAUUGAUCAAAAGCCAACACCAAUGAGUCAACAAUCAAUACCCAGUGCUCGGGGUGCCAGUGAGAUGGUAGAAAAAGAUCAAAGAAUGGCACCACCUCCACGACCAGGAGCACGAGCACCCGAUGUUCUGAGCGCUCCGUCAUCAUUCUCAGCAACUGACACAGCUGAGAGAGAUGGAGAACCAGUACAAAUGCAAGCACCAACUCUGCAUGAUCAAGGGGCACAACCACGUGACUCAGUAUCAACCCAAGAUGUACCUAGUGACUCCUUGGACAAAACCAAUGUUGCCAAAUCAACUUCAACUGAAGGCAAGGCAGCAGCUCCAACUUUUAAGGCCCAGCUUGCUGAAGAGAAAUUUGCUCCAUCAGAUAAAAAAUUAGCUCGUGCUGCACGACCAACUUCAACUGAAGGCAUGACACCUACAGCUGGACCAGCGCCAACUUCGAAGGCCCAACUUCCUGAGCAGAAAUUUGCUCCAUCAGAUAAAAAACCUGAGAAACCACAGACAAUUUUUCGUCAAGAAGCGAGACCAUCUGCGCCAAUCACAAAACAAGUUCCAUCCUCAGAUGCCCAUGUUGAUACUAGGAAAAUCCAGCAAGUCACCCUUGAUAAUGUUCCCACUGAUGAUUCAUCAAUACCACCUUUUCCAAGUCAUGACCAAGUUUCCCAUGCACCACAAGCAUUCCCUAGUAAAAAUGACAGGGCACCUGCACCAGGCACAAAGGACUCUCCAGCCUCAGAUACCCAAAUUGCUUCAGCAAAAGUCCAGGAAACUAUGCCUGACAAUUAUCGCACUGAUGAGUUAACAGUGCCAUCUGUCUCAAGUGAAAAGCAAGGUUCCUAUGCUGGAUCUUCUACCGAACCACAUGAAGGAUCAUCUCCUGAUGCUUAUGGUGCCACAGAUGGCAAGGACAUAACUAAAUAUCCAUCUAGGCAAGCACCAGUUUUAGAAUAUAGGCCUGAUUCAACACCAGCUGAUAGUUAUGUUCGUCCCAUCAGUGGUAGCGAAGUAUUUCCUGCAGUAAAGAAAUCUGCCCCAUCAGAUCAAGAUUCAAUUCAGUCUGCCCAACAACCUUCUCCAGCUGAGACUAGGAAAGAAGAGACUAUCUUUGCUGCAGCUGGACCGACAUUUCCAACAACCGUCAGUAAAGACACACAAGUUUCUCGGCGCCCUAUCAAGGCGGAGAGAUCACCUUCUGCUUAUCAGGAGGACCAUCUUGUUGCCCAAGACAGCCAUGAGCAACCUCAAACCCUCCCAACUGGUGGCAGAGCAGAUGAUUCUACACCAAAGCGUCAACAAGAUCCUAAAGAUAAAUCAAGUACUCCUCCAGCUCCACCCAGAGCAAGAGUUCGUGAUGAACAUCCUACUGAAGAACCUUUUAAUGGAGACACUGUUGAUGAGCAAAAAGGAGCAUCACCUCUAUUGGGCCAAGAACCAACUUCCCAAGUCCAACGUGCCACUGAACUAUCACAGGAAGCAGCUCCCGAUGGAGAUAUGUCCAGCAAACCUUCCACCAUUGGUCAAUGGCAGCGCACGUCUGUGCCUUUACAAGGUAUAACUCCUAAUUCUGGUGAUGAUGUGCUGGGUGGGUCUACCAUUGAUCAAAAGCCAACACCAAUAAGUCAACAAUCAAUACCCAGUACUCGGGGUGCCAGUGAGAUGGUAGAAAAAGAUCAAAGAAUGGCACCACCUGCACGACCAGGAGCACGAACACCCGAUGUUCUGAGCGCUCCGUCAUCAUUCUCAGCAACUGACACAGCUGAGAGAGAUGGAGAACCAGUACAAAUGCAAGCACCAACUCUGCAUGAUCAAGGGGCACAACCACCUGAAUCAACUCAAGCACAAUCACCUUUUGAUGCUCCACGUGACUCGGUAUCAACCCAAGAUGUACCUAGUGAUGCCUUGGACAAAACCAAUGUUGCAAAACCAACUUCAACUGAAGGCAAGGCACCAGCGCCAACUUCGAAGGCCCAGCUUGCUGAAGAGAAAUUUGCUCCAUCAGAUAAAAAAUUAGCUCGUGCCACACGACCAACUUCAACUGAAAGCAUGACACCUGCAGCUGGACCAGCGCCAACUUCGAAGGCUCAACUUUCUGAACAGAAUUUUGCUCCAUCAGAUAAAAAACCUGAGAAACCACAGACAAUUUUUCGUCAAGAAGCGAGACCAUCUGCGCCAAUCACAAAACAAGUUCCAUCCUCAGAUGCCCAUCAUGAUACUAGGAAAAUCCAGCAAUUCACCCUUGAUAAUGUUCCCACUGAUGAUUCAUCAAUACCACCUUUUCCAAGUCAUGACCAAGUUUCCCAUGCACCACAAGCAUUCCCUAGUAAAAAAGACAGGGCACCUGCACCAGGCACAACGGACUCCCCUGCCUCAAAUACCCUAAUUGCUUCAGCAAAAGUCCAGGAAACUAUGCCUGACAAUUAUCGCACUGAUGAGUUAACAGUGCCAUCUGUCUCAAGUGAAAAACAAGGUUCCUAUGCUGGAUCCUCUACUGAACCACAUGUAGGAUCAUCUCCUGAUGCUUAUGGUGCUGCAGAUGACAAGGACAUGACUAAAUAUCCAUCUAGGCAAGCACCAGUUUUAGAAUAUAGGCCUGAUUCAACACCAGCUGAUAGUUAUGUUCGUCCCAUCAGUGGUAGCGAAGUAUUUCCUGCUGUAAAGAAAUCUGCCCCAUCAGAUCAAAAUUCAAUUCAGUCUGCAAAACAACCUUCCCCAGCUGAGACCAAGAAAGAAGAGACUAUCAUUGCUGCAGCUGAACCGACAUUGCCAACAAUUGUCGGUAAAGACACAGAAGGCAUGAGAGGCACUCCAACCUUGGAUUACGAGCCCACGGGAGAUAAACGUGCUGAUAUUCAGAGUGGUAGAUCUGAUGAAGUAGCCCUUCCAGAACAGAAAUCCAGACCCUCAGAUCGGGAUUCAGCUCGUUCUACGCAAUCAAGAUCCUCUGCUGAGCCUAUGGAUAAAGAGCUUAAUUAUCCAAGUUCUGCGAAACCACUUUCCUCUGCGACACCUGACCAGACAAAGGACUCACAACCUACUAUUGGUCAACAAGCGCCUGCACCAGGAACAUCUGAAUAUCCAUCCUCAGGCGAAGGACAAGUUUACCGCACCAAACCUGAUUUUGAGCUAUCUGAAGGCCCACUCCCUUAUUCACGUAGUGUCAUAGGUGAAAAGACUAUGAGACCUCCAUCUAGCCAAGCACAAAGUUCAGACUCAAAACCUGAUCCCACCCAAAACCGUGGCGAUGACCCUUCCACAAGAUCUUUACCCAAUCAAGUAGCAAAACAACAUGCAGAAACCCAACCACCACCGACUCUCGUGGUUCCAUAUGACUCCGAAUCCACCCAAGAUGUAACUUCUGACACCUUAGGCAAAGCCAAGUCACUAAAACCAUCCUCUAUUGAUCAGCAAGCUACAGGCUCAGCAUCAACUCCUGACACUCAUCUUGGUGGUGCAUCAGGGGAAUUAGCUCGCCCAGGACAGGAAUUACCCUUGAAAGAUCAAGAUUCAGCUAACUCUACACAGAAGUCUCCCUCCAGUGAGCCACAAAAAGAACAGUCCACUGUUGCUGCACCUAAUCAAUCCAAGGCGUCACAAGCAACUAGUGAAGUACUAACCCCCGCUGAUCAAAGCAUAGCUCCAUCAGAACCACUUUCUGUUGUUGAAAGAAAUGAAGAAUUUACUGUUGCUGAAGCUGAAGAAAGCAAAGUGUCUCGACCAGUCAUCGCUCAGCAAGACAUUAAGCAUGUACCAGACAUUUCAGAACCAGUACUUGAUAAUGUUUCGACGGAAGAACAAUAUCAACGUGCUUCUGAGCCACGUGAAGGACCACCUCCUGAUGUGCAUGGCACCUUCGUUGACAGAAAGACAGCUCCCUCUUCUAGUCAAGCACAACGUCCAGAUGCAAAACGUGAUGUGCUACCAUUGAGUGCCGAUGUUGACAAAAAAACAGUCCAACCUUCUAGUCAAGCACAAAUUCUACCAUCGAGUGUUGAUGUUGGUCCUAGCAGUGAUGAACAAUCAACUACAAGACUUCGACGUGAUCAAGAGGCACAGGCGCAGCUACCUGCAGCAACUAAGCAACCACAACCUUUUGAGGCUCCAGUCUACCCUAAAUCUAACCAAGAUGCCCCUAAGUCCUUCAAACUACCCUCUGGUGAUCAAGAUGUCAUGUCACCUAAAGUGGUGCCAGCAUCAGCAUCAGACACUCAAUUUGGUAAAGUAUCCGAUGAAAUAACUGAUGAUGGGCAAAACUCCCCUUUGUCAGCUCAAGAUAUAGCUCGUUCUGCACAAAGGCCUUUCUUUGUUGAGCCAACAAAAGAAGAUGAUAUUGUUGCUGCAUCCGGUCAAACUAACGAGGCACGGCCUAUAAGUGGUCAACGAGGAAUAACUCCUACUCCAGACAAACAAAGAAUUCCUGAUCUGCGUGGUGCUGUUGAUGAAAAGAUGUCACUUCCAUCUAGCCAAGCACAAAACUCAGACAUUAGGCCUGAUUCAGCACCAAUUGGUGGCGAUGUUCAUCGUACUAGUGGCGAUGAACCAGCCACAAGCUCUGUACGUGAUUCACAGGCCCGGCCUCCUGCAGGAACUCAGAAUGUACCUGCUGGUUUCUUGGAAAAGACCAAGUCACCAAGACCACCCUCCACUGAUCAAGAACCUAUGGCUAGUCCAGCACCAGCUCCAGAUGCUCCGCAAGAUCAAGAUUCAAAUCGUUCUUCACCGGUUUCUCCCUCUGUUGUAUCAAGGAAAGAUGUUGCUAAUGCUGAUCAAACCAAUGUAUCACAAGCAGGCCUGCGAGAACCCCCGAGUUCAGAUGCUAAACUUCCUUCAGAGGAAAUACAAGAAUCUAGCCCGGAUGCUUAUCUCACCAAGUCAGAGAAACCACUUCCUAUGAAAGAUCCAGUUCGGCCUCCACAUGAAGCUUCCUUUGAUUUAUUGAGCGGUGAAAAGCCCACUAUGAUCAAAGGUGAUCAGGCCAGCACAAUAUCAGAUGUCAGUCCCUCAGCCAGCGAAGAAGUUGGUCAAUCUGAAAAUAGUGCAGUUAAAGGACCACUCCCUGCGGAGUUAGUAUCAUCAUUUCCUCAGAAGAACCUCGAAAAAACAUCACCUGAAGAAAAAUGGAACCAGCAGCAGCAAACAGACCAGUCCACCACUAGAUCAUCUGAAGAUAACAACAUCGAAGCCAGUGGAACUAGAAACCCUAACACCUCAACAACGUCUAGAGAUAUACAACCUUCACCACUCAAGGAAAGAAUGCAGGCAGUUGAAGGAUCCAGAAACCAACAACAGUCUGACCAAGCUGUCUUUCAAUCAAUACAGGAUAACAGAGCACAAAUUCAAGAAACUAAGGCACGAGACACUGGAUUUGACAAGCCUGAAGUGAUUAGGCCCGAUUCAGCACCAACCAGUGGUGAUGCUCAUCGUACAAGCGGUGAUGGGCCAACUACAAGUUCUUUACGUGAUUCACAGGCACAGUCUUCUGCAGGAACUGAGAAUGUACCUGCUGUUUACUCGAAAAAGGAGUCACCAAGACCACUCUCCAUUGAUCAAGAAGUCAUGACACCUAUGAAUAAGCCAACACCAGCUCCAGAUUCUCUGCAAGAUCAAUAUUCAAAUCAUGCUUCACAGUUUACUCCCUCUGCUAUAUCAAGGAAAAAUGUUGCUAAUGCUGAUAAAACCAAUAUAUCAGAAGCAGGCCUGCAAGGCCCCGCGAGUUCAGAUGCUACACUUUCUUCAGAGCAAAUACAAGAAUCUAGGCCUGAUGAUUAUCUCACCAAGUCAGAGAAAGAACCUCCCAUGAAAGGUACAGAUCCAGUUCAGCCUCCAGAAGUAGCUGCCUUUGAUUUGCCGAGCGAUGGGAAACCUACUAUGAUCAAAGGUGACCAGGUGAAUACAAUAUCAAGUGUCAGUCUCUCAGCCAGCCAGCCAGUUGGUCAGUCUGAAAGUGCAGUUGAAAGACCACUCUCAGAUGAGUUAGUAUCACCAUUUCCUGAAAAACACCUUGAAAAAAGAUCACCUGAAGAAAAAUCGAACCAGCAGCAGCAAACUGACCAGUCCAGCACUAGAUUAACUAAAGAUGAUAGCAUAGAAUCCAGUGGAAUCGCAAGCCCAAAUAUCUUGACAACAUCCGGAGAUAUACAACCUUCUCCACUCAAGCAAAACAAUCAGGCAGCUGAAAGAUCCAGAAAACAACAACAGGCUGACCCUGUCUUUCAAUCAACACAGGACAACAAAAGGCAAACUGAAGAAACUGAGGCACAAGACACUGGAUCUGACCAGCAUGAAGAAAUUAAUCCUGAUUCAGCACCAACCAGUGGUGAUGCUAAUCGUACAAGUGGUGAUGGGCCAGCCACAAGUUCUUUACGUAAUUCACAGGCACAGCCUCCUGCAGAAACUCAGAACGCACCUGCUGUUUUCUCGGAAAAGAUCAAGUCACCAAGACUACCCUCCACUGAUCAAGAACUUGUGACACCUCUGACUAGCCCAGCACCAACUCCAGAUACUCCGCAAGGUACCUAA